AUGUUGGUAACGUUUGAAGCUAAACAGACCAAACAAAGAUCAUUGAACAACAAUAAUGUCAAUGACAAGGUACAGUCCACGGAAGAUGAGACUUAUGAGAUACAAAAUAUCGACAAGAACAAUCCUCCAGAUAUAAAAUCGUUCAAUAUCACCAGAAAGAAGCAUAAAGGUGGUUGUAUAACGUGUAAAAUACGGAAAAAGAGAUGUUCUGAAGAAAGACCAUUAUGUGCUGAUUGUUCAAGGCUAGGAAAGAAUUGUGUUUGGGCUACUGAAGAUAUGUCUGUUGAUAAAAUACGAGAAUUGAAAAGACAAGUUGAAGAAAGUGAAAGAAGUUCAAAGAGAAAACGAUCUGUUAGUUCGAAUCAACCAGAUCUAUCUGCAUUAAAGAGAAGGAAUUCUUCAAAUCAAAAGCAAAAUAGUGGUGAUUCAAAUAAAAUUGUGAAUACUAGUGCUCAACCAACUCCUAUAAGUCCAAGUGGAUUCAUUGAAGGUGAUAUUCCAAGUUUAGAUGGUGAAAUGACUGUUAGAACUCCAAAAGAUCAAUCUCAUCAAUUUCCAUGGGAAUUCUCACCAGUUUCAAACGAUCAUUUGUUUGAGUUUAAUAAUUUUUUUGAAAGUAAUUUAAGAAGUAAUUCAAAUAAAAUAUCAGAUCACAGGAUUACAGACCUAUCGUCACAAAAUUCAUCAACAAAUACAUUAGAGAGAAUAUCAUCAUUUGAAAACUUGUUAUCAAGUCAUAAUUUAUCAACUCAUUUAUCACCACCAUCUCCAGAUCCACAAUUUUAUGAUUUUUCAAACUUAAAUAUUCCAAGGCAACCUUUCCCAAUACAUUUACAAUUAGAUAAUAUGGGUUCAAAACUUUAUGAUUAUUAUCAACAUCAAUUAGCUCGCAUAAUUUCCAUUGUACCACCAGAAUCUAAUUAUUAUCUCAAAGUUUUCUUACCAAUGGCUGCACAAAAUAAAGGUAUAUUGUAUGCCAUCCUUGCUUGGUCAGGAUAUCAUCUUGGUGGUGAUUAUGAAUCUGAAGGCCAAAAAUAUAUGUCUAAAGCUUUAGAUUAUAUUAAAGAUACACCAGCAAGAACAGAGACUGAAUUGGUUCAAAGACUUGCAAAUUUAUUGAUCAUGUGUGGUGCAGAGAUUUGUAAAGGUGAUGUUAGAAAAUGGCCAGUUUAUUUGGAUUGGGCUUCAAAAGUUAUUAAACAAUGUGGUGGAUUAUCAAAAUUGAAAAAAGAUAAAGAACAACAUUGGUUAAUGACAAAUUUUGCAUAUCAUGAUAUUCUGGCAAGUUCUACAAGUGAAAGAGGUACUUAUUUUAGUGUUGAGGAUUAUAAUGAUAAUGUUGUUAAAUUUGGAUUUGGUAUUAAUCCAUUACAGGGUCUUAUUAAACCUUUAUUCAAUAUGAUUGGUGAGAUUUCUACAUUAGCUAUUGAAGUAAAACGUUCAUUAACUUGUGUUCCAUUAUCAAAUGAUGAUCAUGAUUCAAAUAAGAUUGUUUAUAAUGUUAGUGACGAAAUUUUAGAUCAAAUUCCAUUAGAUCAAGUUCCUGGUGUUGAUUCACCAGAUUUUGAACCAACUUCAAAUGGUACAAAGAUGAAUAAAUAUACUGUUUUAUCUAGAAUAAUGGAAAAGGCUAAAACUCUUGAAGAUAAAAUAACAAAUGCCAAACCCGAUUCAAAUGAUUUAGGUUCUUUUUCACCAGAAGAAUUAGAAUUACAAUUUACAUUAUUUGAACUAUUUCAAUUAACUGCAAAACUUCAUCUAAGACAAUCAAUCUUACAAGUUAAUCCAUCUUCAUUAGAAUCACAACAUAUGCUUUGUGGUAUUUUACGUGGAUUAGAUAUAGUUUUGAAAUCUCCUGUUGAAAGUUCAUUAUGUUUCCCAUUAUUUAUUGCAGGGAUGCAUUGUAUAACUAGGAAAGAUCGUAAAAAAAUGUUGGAAAGAUUUGCAGAUAUUGGACAACGUUAUGCUUUUAAGAAUUUAGAAAGGGCAAAAGCAGUUAUGGAACAAGUCUGGAUUGUUGAUCCAUUAGGAAGUAGAUGUGUUGAUUGGUAUGAUAUUGUUAAAAAAUUAGGAUGGGAUUUAAAUUUCGCUUAA